AUGGGUAACCAGCCUAGCACUCCGAAGAUAACUGAUCAGGAUAGGGCAAUAUUUCAACUCAAGCAACAGCGUGACAAGAUAAAGCAACAUCAACGAAAAUUAACCAUCAUAUGUAAUAAACAAACGGAGUUAGCUAAAAGGGCAAUAACCAAUAACCAGCCACAACGAGCUAAGUUUUAUCUACGAUGCAAGAAAAACCAAGAGACUACAAUUAACAAGACCUUUGAACAAUUGGAUAACUUGGAGAAAUUAAUUGGUACUAUUGAAUUCAAAUUGAUUGAAAAGGAUGUCAUGUAUGGAUUACAGCAAGGGAAUCAAGUAUUGAAACAAUUAAAUAAUGAGAUGAAUGUUGAUAAGAUUGAUAAAAUUAUGGAUGAUUUGGAAGAAGAGAAGUUGAAGGAGGAGGAGAUUAGCCAAACUUUGGGAUUAGGUUCAGGAUUGAGUCGCGUUGAUGAAGAUGCAAUUGAACAGGAAUUUGUUAAAUUGGAUCGAGAAAUACAUCCAAGUCAGGAGAGUAAAGUUAACAAGGAGGACAAAGUUGCUUUGCCCGAUGCGCCGACUGAUCGUAUUAUGCCUAAUGUGCCGGACACUGUGAAGCAAGAAGAAGAGCAAAGAGACAAGGAUGGAACUAAACUGCCGAGAACGAAUGAACCAAUCGCAUUAUAA